UACACGCGUGCGACGGAGAGAGAAAGAGUGAAGCCGACGAGGGUAAGGAGGAGAGAAAAUCCUACCCUCGGCGCGCCUCUUCCUCCUCCUCCUAUCCCCCUCGCCACCCCCGUGUCUCUUUCCCUCUUUCUGGAUAUUGUAUAGAGAACGUUAUGCUAAAGUAUGCAUGCACGAGGGUCGGUCCAAUGGUCAGGAAUCUCGCGAGUUCGUUCGUUCUACGGCGGCACGUAUCCGGACCCGGUACUCGUUUCUCCUUGAUUCCGGUAUUCGCGGAUCGCGGCGACGUCACGUCCUUUAUCGCAUUAUCGUCGUCGUCGACUUCUACUACAUCGUUAUCUUCAUCGUCGUCGUCGACGUCGUCAUGAGUGUGGGAGCGGGGGAGGCGGCGCUAAGCCGCGACGCGCGUGAACUUCCGGUCGAUCGGUAAGGUGGAGAUCGGCCCGGCCUUGGGGCAACAAGAGGGGGAUGAUUCCAGCGUAAUGACGAUCGGCCCGAACUGUUGCGAUGGAAUAUGGGAUCUGGAGUCUUCACGUCGCGGGUGAACUUUGGGGUGACCCGCGUCUCGCCCGAAGGCAUCCGAUUCUGCCUCCCGGUGCCACGCAGAUUCUGCCGAGGGCCGCCUUUGCUCUGAGCGCUCUUCAUCGGCCCGAUAUGCUGCCGCUGCCGCUGACGGCGGCGGGGCCGCCCUACGUCCCAAUGGAGCUGGUCACGAAACCGGCAUCGGUCGCGUCCACCAAUGCAGAGGAUGCCGAGGACGGUGAGAAGGGUACGAACGCCGAGGACGAAGACUCUCAGCAGCGCGAUGACAACGAAGGCAACAUCGAAAAAACCGAUCAGAACGAAAAUCAGACCUGCGUGCCAACCGAAAGCAACGACAACGAAGAUGCUGGUGAUGAAAGCGACACUGGUAGCACUGACAGUUCGCAUCAAUCAGCCAACAACAAUCUGUCAAUUGCGAAACUUCCUGAUCCGAUGGCAUGCUUGGCUCUCGACAAGGAAGGAACGAUGACGCCAGUUCUCAAUGGUUGGGUGCUGGGCGCUUACACGGCGAUGCUGGGCAGGCUGACGGCCGCCACCGCGGCACUCGAGGCAACGGAAGUUCUCAAUAUUCCCUCCGACAGCGAUUCCGAGAGCGAGCACUCUUCCUACACUGAAAAAUCGAGAGGCAGCAGUCCAAACGUGAGUAGCGUUCACCGUGGCUACUCGUGCGGCUCGUGUGACGUAAUGGCGCCGACGAGGCCGGCCCUGAGGAAGCACAUUGCCGAUUGCCACCCAGCAUUGUCCGGCACGGAGACCGGCGAGACCAAAAGGUGUCCGUCCACGGGCUGCGACUUCACGACGAGCAGUAGGUGCGAGAUGGAAACCCACGUGGCGGCGCAUGUGGCCCAGGGGAUGACUCCCACGGGAAAGAAGCGCUCGCUGGCCUUGCAACGCGUCAGGUAUAGAUACGAGAGAGAAGAGUAUCGGUGCUCGCUGUGCUCGUACGCGUGUACAAUCGAGAAGGCGUUCCAGAGACACCUGCGGGCGCACGCGAGGGGCACCGCGCCGGAAACAAGGGUGAGCUGCGCGGUUUGUGGCGCCGAUCGAUCUUCCGAAGUUGAUCUCAGCAGGCAUAUGCGGAGGCAUCGCGAUGACCGGUACUUUUGCUGCGACAUCUGCAUCUUUCGCACGGUGCAACUGAAAAAACUGAUACAGCAUCGGCGCAUGCACACGGGCGAGAAGCCGCAUUUGUGCCCGCACUGCGCUUAUCGGAGUGCGCGUCGUGAUAAUCUGCGCAGCCACGUACGACGAGUACACAAAAAGGAGAACCUCUACUGCGACACCUUUAGCCCGCGCGGCAUGUUGAUAACCCCUUCACUGCUGGCCUCUUCGAGAGACACCGCCGAGAGCAUUGAUCCGGUGCAAAGUCCGGCGUCCUCGCCGUCCUCGAAUCCGGACACGACUAACUAGCGAAAAUGCCCCCGGGAAACGAGGAGAAUAACAGCUCGGUCGGGAGAUUCACGGAGAAAAAGAACUACGACCUAUAGGCUCUUUAUACGUCCUCAUUUUGUCAAUACUGCGAUCUAGAUAUUAGAAUUCACAGGGAAGGCUUGUACAUAAGUGCUGAAUAUGGUAGACAAAGAAUCGCAACUGGGCGAAAAUUAAUCCUGGACAAAUAAAGUAAAAAGAGUAAACAGCUAAGGUAACUUGAGAAAUUGUAGACUGAAAAAUGUCGAUCAAGCGCAAAAGAUUUGACGAAAAGUGACUAUUCUUCAAAUCAGCAAGCCUUCCCCUCUUAGGUGCUAGGAAACGUAAGAUUAUUGCAUGCGAACAUCGAUAAUUUAAUGUAAUCUUUGAAUUCUAACGAGAUCUUGUAUUAGCUAUAUAAACGUCCAGGUGUUAUAUCGCAUAGCCGAUCUGACAAAGUAUAAUGAUCGGCUAUUUACCCGUUUGAUUGAUAAUGACGAACGGGAAAAGCUGCAUGAUGGUGCUAGAAUCGUAGACUGGAUCACACGGAGAAAGACUGAAAGUAGAAACGAAUUCACGGCGAGACGUUGAUCGUCUUUUACGUUCUUCCGCACUGACUGCCGUGACUUAAAAAAUAAAAAAAAGAGGCAGGAGCAAUUGCAAUUCAGCGAAGUUUAAGACUGCAACUCUGUACUGUUCCGAGGAUUCUCGUUUGUUAAAUGUCGUGACGUUUUAUUGCUUCUCAUUAACCAUUUUACGUCAAUUAUGAACUCAAUUCCUAUUUCAAUACUAAUUUUAAUUCUUAGACUAUAGCUUAUUAUAAUUAUAAUUUUAAUUCUUAAAACCCUGUUCUAAUUUUAUUUUAUUAAAGUUUAUUUUAGUUUCAAUUCUUUAUAACUUACUGUAUAUAAUUUUAAUUUAAACAUUUUAUUUGUUGAAAAAAGUUUCUAUGUAUAUGUAGAAACAAACACGGCAAUCAACAAAUUCGAAUAGUAGUUCGUAAUACUCGAGUGCACAUCGGGACGGACGUACGAGACUCGAUUGAAUCAGGCCAACGGUUAAUGAGAUCAAUAAAAGCAUCGAGUCACGACAUGCGGCUUGUCGCGAGGACCCCGGCCGGGAAGGAAAGGUGCUAUUUUACAAAGAUUUGUUUUAACGUAUCUAGAUUAUAGUUCGCUCUUGCUGUACGAAUUGCCAAGCUAUAAGUGAUCGUUAAGUACUUGUUAAUGCGAACACAUUGUUAUCGUUGCUUAGGUUGCCGUUAUCGUUUUUAUUAGUACUAUUACGAAUUUAAAAAAAUGCGACAACGAUACGCUAAUAUAAUUACGAAGUAUUAUAAUGACAGGUCGUGCGAGAACAAGACCGCGUUUUAUUUUGCAAAUAGUGACUUUAUCUUGAAAAGCAUCAUUGGAAAAUUCUUACAUCAUUAUACAUCUAUUUAUGGAUGUCUAUAUCUAAUUCAGAGAUAAAUCCAGAGAUUCAUACAUUUAAAAAGCCAUAUUAAAAAGCUCAUUUAUAUUAUAUUUAUUAUAUUUAUAUUGCUUAUAUAGCAAUUGAUAAAAAGAAAGCUGUCACAUAUAAUUGUCACUUUUUGCAAAAUCCAAACGUUGGAUGUGCGUUCGCUCGCUGUCGGUGUAAGUGCGUUUUUCUCUUUAGAAUCUACGAUUGUCUUUGACGAUUGCUUGCUCGAGCAAGGAAGAGAAAACGGACAAAACUAUUAUAACGAAGAUAUAUGUCAAUUUUUAAUGUACCAUACAAAUAUAUGUUGUAGCCGAUAAACGAUUUUUAACGGCGUGCGGCGCAAAAUGCUUCGUGCGUCAUGACAUGAUGAUCCGACGUGUCGUUGAGAAUGAUAUUCUCGUCAUUACUAUAUUACUAAACUACUACAAGGUAUACGAAAAAUACGAAGUCGAAGCUGCACGGCAUAAAAAAUAAAUUUCAUUUCAGUAUAUUUUCACAUUUAUAUAUCGAUCUUUUUUUUCAAACGUAUAAUGAGUUCCAAUUUCGUCAAAUAUUAAGCAAAUAUUUUUUUUUUUUUUAAUUAAAUUUAUCAUUAUCUCGUUGCUACAUUUUUUUUCAUGACUCACUUAAUUUGCAAAACUCUUAUUAUUGU